AUCCUAUUUUAGUAGCAGCAGCCUGCCAGCCCAAAACGACCGUGCUUUACCGCCGCCUCAAUUUCUAAGCAUCCAAACACAGCUUGGAUUUCUGGAGUUCUGCGAACCUGAACACUGUCAACCCCACCGUUGUCAUGGCUUCCUCGUCUUCCUUCAUCGCCAACAAGAAGGAUCUGGGUCUCUCUGCUCUCUCUUCAACGUCGUCGCCAUUUUCUAUUCCCAAAUGCAGGAAAUCAAUUUCCAAGAAAAUUGUAUCUGUCAUGGCUCCCCAGCAAUCAGAGCGCAAACCUGCCACCACUGGCUCGGUGAAGAUAGCAAUGACGAUGACAGAGAAAAUAUUGGCUAGGGCCUCUGAGAAGCCUCAGUUGAGCCCAGGUGAGAAUGUUUGGGUCAACGUUGAUACCUUGAUGACACAUGACGUUUGUGGCCCAGGUUCCAUUGGAAUCUUCAAGAGAGAGUUUGGCGAUAAUGCUAAGGUUUGGGACCGUGAGAAAAUUGUCAUUAUACCGGAUCAUUAUAUAUUCACUACUGAUGAACGUGCAAACCGUAAUGUGGAUAUAUUGAGGGAUUUCUGCCUGGAGCAAAAUAUAAAGUACUUCUAUGAUAUCAAGGAUCUUAGUAACUUUAAGGUUAAUCCUGAUUAUAAAGGUGUAUGCCAUAUUGCACUUGCCCAAGAAGGUCAUUGUAGGCCAGGCGAGGUCCUGUUAGGUACAGACUCUCACACUUGCACCGCUGGAGCAUUUGGCCAAUUUGCUACUGGAAUUGGCAACACUGAUGCUGGCUUUGUAUUAGGCACUGGGAAGCUCCUGCUCAAGGUGCCUCCAACUCUGAGAUUUGUAAUGGACGGCGAAAUGCCUGAUUAUUUGCUUGCAAAGGAUUUGAUUUUGCAAAUUAUUGGUGAAAUAUCUGUGUCUGGUGCAACGUAUAAAUCAAUGGAGUUUGUGGGCACAACAGUUGAGAGUUUAAAUAUGGAAGAGCGGAUGACAUUAUGCAACAUGGUUGUUGAAGCUGGGGGGAAGAAUGGGGUUGUCCCUGCUGAUAGCACUACAUUCAAGUACCUUGAGGAUAAGACAUCUGUGCCCUAUGAACCAGUUUAUAGUGAUGAGCAAGCAAGGUUUCUUUCCGAGUACAGAUUUGAUAUCUCAAAACUGGAACCAUUGGUUGCAAAGCCUCAUUCUCCUGAUAAUCGUGCUUUAGCAAGAGAAUGCAAAGAUGUCAAAAUAGACAGAGUAUACAUUGGAUCCUGUACUGGUGGAAAAACAGAGGAUUUUAUGGCUGCUGCCAAAGUUUUUCUUGCUUCAGGUAAAAAGGUCAAGGUUCCCACAUUUCUUGUCCCUGCAACCCAAAAGGUUUGGAUGGAUGUGUACGGUCUCCCAGUACCAGGAUCUGGUGGCAAAACUUGCUCGCAGAUUUUUGAAGAAGCUGGUUGUGACACGCCUGCAAGUCCUAGUUGUGGUGCUUGUUUGGGAGGCCCUAAAGACACUUAUGCAAGAAUGAAUGAGCCAAUGGUCUGUGUGUCAACCACAAACAGAAACUUCCCAGGCCGGAUGGGACACAAGGAAGGCCAGAUAUAUCUUGCUUCCCCCUAUACAGCAGCAGCAUCUGCUUUGACCGGUUAUGUCACUGAUCCAAGGGAGUUCUUGCAGUAGGCUAUUUAUGUUGUGUUCUGAGUCUGUUGUACCAAGUCUAUAAAUUUCUAUGAGCGAUGGAAUGUUAGGUUGGUACUAUGUAUGUGCUGAGUUAAUGUACUACCGUUUAUUUUGAUGAAAAUAAUAGAUGCAGUAACAUGGUUAAAUGCUUGCACAAGAAAUGGUGAGAGAAAUUGGGGUUUUGGAUUU